AUGCCAAAUCCGUUCCAACCCAACCGCGCUCAUCCGACCUUUGAAGGGCCUAGCCGAGACAAGCAUCACUACCAUCAUCAUCAAAGCCGACCUCCGGUUUAUCAUCAACCACCAAGGCCAAUAUCACAUCCAUACCAUGACCAUGUUCUUAAUAGGCGUAGAGACAAUCAUCUUGAAGUCAUGCUUGAAGGUUUCAUGGAGAGCCAAAGAAGAUCUAGCCGAGACAUUGGAACAAAGCUAGAGUUCAUGCGAUAUAAACUAGAUGGAAAGCUUAGAGAACUCUCUACCCAAAUAGAGAGAGUAGAGUCAAGAUGUAUAGACAUGGAGGAAUAUUUGAAGAAGCAAGGCGAGACCAUUGAAGACAAUAGGAGAGCGAUCCACUUUACCAACGUUUCCACCAAGGAGAUGGACAAUCACUUAGAUGAGAAGAUCACAAGUCUUGACAAAAACCUCGAUGGCACCACCAAGAGUCUGAAUUCAAUCACAGAUGUAGCUCACCAAGCUAAGAAGGAGGUGGCCAAAGUAAGCCUAAAGGAGAGGCAAUGUUACUCGACGAUGCUCAUGUUGGUGGAAGGGCAAAUACAAGUGAAGGCACAAAUCCGAGACUUGCAUAUCUGA